AUGAAAGCUGCUGUCGUUCCAGAAUCCGUAACUGAAACCAAAUUGGCCGAGAUUAAAGAAAUCCCUAAACCAACCAUUGGCGAUGAUCAAAUUUUAAUCAAAGCAGAAGCUGCUGCUGUAAACCCUACUGAUUGGAAACAUAUCUUGUUCCAAAUGAGUAAACCUGGUGAUGUCAUUGGAAGUGACGUUAGUGGAACCGUUGAAGAAGUUGGAUCCAAAGUCACCAAUUUCAAAAAAGGUGAUACUGUCAGCUCAUUUAUCGUUGGUAACUCAUCACCUGAGAGUGGGGCUUUUGGUGAAUAUGUUAUUGCUUAUCCUCAAGCCACUAUCAAAUACGACCACAGUUUGAGUCACUCUUCAUCAACAAGUUCAUCCACUAUCAAAUCUUAUGAAGGUGCCGCUAGUGUUACUUUGGGUUUAUCGACUAUUGGUAUUUCAUUUUCUCAUUACUUGAACAUAGGCAAACAUAAAAAAGAAGGUGAUUCUAUAUUGAUUUGGGGUGGUGCUACCGCUACGGGUAUUUUGGCAAUUCAAGUUGCAAAAUUGGCUUAUAAUUUGAAUGUCAUUACUACUGCAUCACCAAAGAAUCAUGCCUUUUUGAAAGAAUUAGGUGCUGACCACACUUUGGAUUAUAAUGAUCCAAAUGUAAUUGAAAACUUGAAAGCUCUUGGUCCUAUUAAAUUUGGUUUGGAUACUAUUGCUAAUACUACAACCUUCCAAAGUCUUUAUGAUGCCACUGCUGGUACUCCAGAAGUUUAUUUGGACUCUUUGUUGGGAUUGGAUGGUAAAUCCAUUAAAACUGAUCCAUCCAGAGAAAACUCAGUUCAUUGGGGUUAUACAUUAGCUUAUCUCUGUAUUAUUAAAGAGAAAUCAUUUGGACCUACGAAAUUUGUCCAAACUCCAGAAUUAUUGAAUGACUAUCUCAAAUGGUGGGAUGAAGUUUUGCCAACAUUUAUUGACACAAUUAAACAUGCCAACUUAAAGAUAUUAGGAGAUGGUUUGGCUUCUACCAAUGAAGCUUUGCAAUUAUCCAGAGACAGUAAAGUUUCUGCUCAAAAGAUCGUUUUCACAGUAUAA